GAAAGAAAGUCAGACUUUUGGCUAAGCACUCAUGGCAAGCAAUGUCAUUUAUUUGAUAUCAAAAUUGAAAAGUGUUUUGCAAAGUGGCCAAAACCAUUUGACCAGCCGGGCUCCGCUUUAACCAAAAAGAAGGUGGAUAACAAAAAAACAAGAAAUGGAAGCCAUCUUUCUUUAUUGGCUAAGGUUUCAAAUACUGAUCCGAUUGCAUUACAUUGCUGUCGGAUUAUUUGCCAUAUCUAGUUUGCUCUUGGUUGGGAUUUUGGAUUAUGGCUAUAAAUUAAAUGGAUGGGAUCUGCUCCAUUGGCGUCAGCAGAUAGUUCAAAUAGAGAUCAGUCCCAUGAGUCUAAUGCUCUUCAUUGGUGGAGUUAAACUGGCCGCCAUUCUAAUGUUAACUUUAUGGAAUUAUCUACGAUAUAAGGCUCAUAAUCCACCGCAAGAGCCGCAACUAUCGGUACAGUUUGUGAAGGAGCGUUAUUGUCGCUAUAUUGUCAUGCGAGUAAUGGCUGUCAUUGAUGAUCUAAUGGUAUUAACGGAUAGCUGUCAGUAUCAUCUGCAACAUUCUAUGCUGUUGAAGGGCAUCGAGCUCUUUCGCUGGGAUGCACGCAAACUUUUCGAGCUAACUGAACUGCAAUUGUGUUUGCCCAUACAUCAAGUGUAUCCGGUGGAUGCGCAACGUGAGCGAGAACUGAUCCAUGGUGGCUAUGACGACGGUUUGUCAGACCUAACGGAAUUGAACAUUUUCAAUAUGCUCUACGAUGGGGAUCCAUGAGAAUGAAAUGUAAUGACAAUAAAGUGCAGAAAACAAACAAAAAACAA